UUCUGAACUUGAGCAAAUAUAAGGAUACAGAAUUCACUCAAGAAAUACUUUACACAAUUUAUCGUUAUCAUCUCCGAUAGGGGAUUCCCUAUCUACAAAUUUUGAUGUGUUCCCAGAAAUUAAACAUUGACAUACUCUACCAAAAUCAGUAAUCGUAUAUCUACCAUUUUUCCUUAGUGUUCCAAGCGUGCAAGACAUGGGCCAACUUACUUCUUCCCACAUGGAAUUCGUCACAGCGCAGGCCCGCGCCUGGGUCGAAAAACUAAAGUGUGCCAACUGCGGAAACUUCUUAUCCUACUUUCCAAUUCACACCACCCUCAAGAGCCAAAACAUCUGCGGAAGAUGCCCCACCCCCUCAGAAACCGUCAUCAGAAACCAACUCUACGAGCUACUCUCCCUACAGAUACAAUUUCCAUGCCGUUAUGCUGGCCAAGGUUGUCCUGCAAAUAAAUUUCCUGCAGAAAUUCCACAGCACGAACUUCAAUGCACCUUCAAAGAGCUCAAGUGCCCCACCCAAGAUUUUACCGAUUGUAACAAUAAGGUAUGUUAUCGCAACCUGAUAACACACUGCCAUCUCAAACAUGGCGGCUUAUUUUUGGAGAAGGGCCUAUUUGAAAUUCCUCUAGGGUGGUACCAUAAACACGACGGUCUUCUAGAACACAGAAAUCAACUUUUUAUCGUCAGGAGGAAAUUUCGAGUGCAGGAUAAUCUUUUCCAGAUUUCUGUAACACCUUCGGAAUGUGGGGAAGAUACAGUGUGGCUGUACAGAGUUCAUUUGACCUGUGGUAGCGCUGAGCUGGGGGUUAAAGGUAACACCAAAGUGGGUGUUACCGAGAUUUUUCUGGAUUCGUUGGUUACUCAGAAGGGUAAGGCGUCGAAGAUUAGCGGGAAACUCUUUGUGAUGAAGUCUAGUAAUCCGAAAAUAGUGAAAGACGAUAUUAAGGCGCUACCACUUCGAAAUGUAUUUCCAAGUACCAGGUCGGACUCAACUAAAGGGCAGAUGGGUUUUAGAGGUAUAAAGAGUGAGAGCCUGGGAAAAAUGGUGCAGAAGAGGAAGGACCGGUUGCCGUUUUACGCAAGUCGAAAAUAAUCAGAGUUAGAAUUGUCUGUUUAAACUUUAUUUUAAUAAAAAUAAAACGAGAGACCUA